GGGUGGAGCUAUAGCCAACGCAUUUCCCGUGCCAGCCUCUCCUAACGGUUAACGCCAAAUUACUACGGUCGGAUUUGGCGACUCUUUGUAAUUUCCGUAAAGGUUUAUCAAUAUAUAGGCCUGGUCUACCACAUAACACGGCCAGCAAAAGCAAUACUCGGGACCACAGAGGAAAUUUUUGUUUUAUCGACUUCUCAAUUUUGAAGGCACGGGUUCUGACACGUUGUGUUAGAGUAAGUUAAGUGGCCCGCCUGGAAGUGAUUUUCCCGCCGCAACUUGUCUUCUGCCGCAGAAAGAUAUAGAACGUCACUGUGCAUGCUACUUGAUAAGAAGAUUGGGAGUUAAAAAAAAACUGCAAAAAACCAAACAACAUAACAUGAUCAGUUUUCGUCCAUCAAAGGCCGUGAUUUUCGUUCUCCUUGUCGUUUUUAGUGAAGGUUUAACUGAAGAUUCCAAUGAGGAAGAAGACACAGUUUCCAGGCAGAGGCGGUCCUACUUCAUGUCGAGACUGGGCAGAGGUUUGAACAUGCUCCGGCUAGGCAAGCGAGGCCUCAAUAUGUUGCGCCUGGGUCGCUCGUCUCUAGACGCGAACGAGCCACAGGACGAUGUGUUAGACUGGUUACACAACGUGGUGCAAAACGAGGAGAUGUUACACGAUCUCGGAUACGACAGUGCGGUACGCCGGAAAAGAUCAGUGAUUGAUUUUGAAGUUCCAAAAACAGAGGACGCCGAUUUGGAAAAUCAGCAUCAAGAGGAAGAAGAAGAAGAAUGGGCGAAGGAUUAUUUAGAAAAUGGCGUUGAUGAGGAUGAUGAGGAUGAUGUUGGAAAAGAUCUCAGUGACAAUGGCGAUGAAUACUAUGAAACUGAUAAGCGUGGACUCAAUAUGUUACGGCUUGGUAAACGACCAAUGAGCAUGCUGCGUCUUGGAAAACGGCCAAUGAGCAUGCUGCGUCUUGGGAAGCGACCAAUGAGCAUGCUUCGGCUUGGGAAGCGACCAAUGAGCAUGCUGCGUCUUGGAAAACGGCCAAUGAGUAUGCUACGUCUUGGCAAGCGACCAAUGAGCAUGUUGCGGUUAGGAAAACGACCAAUGAGCAUGCUUCGUCUGGGCAAACGACCAAUGAGCAUGCUAAGAUUAGGAAAGCGACCAAUGGGCAUGCUAAGAUUAGGAAAGCGACCAAUGGGCAUGCUAAGAUUAGGAAAGCGACCAAUGGGCAUGCUAAGAUUAGGAAAGCGACCAAUGAGCAUGCUGAGGUUAGGAAAGCGACCAAUGAGCAUGCUGAGAUUAGGAAAGCGACCAAUGAGCAUGCUCCGUCUUGGAAAGCGAAGCGACGAACAAGUCGACAACAAAGUUGAUAACUGAUUGGCGAGGACGUUUGUUGUUCUGAGUCGUUCAUGUGGCACUCACUAGAGUUUUGUAAACUGGCAAUAUUUGUCAUCUCCCAGAAUCAUCGGUUCCUGUUCCAUGUUCCUGAAAAACUAAUGUUGAACUAUUUCAAUAAUGACACAAAAAGUAGUCUCAUCAACACAAUGUAAUGGGACACGAUUUAGGCUGUUACACACUAUCGCAUUUGUCUAGCGUUCUUAUAACUUUUCUUAUUAGCCUUCUGACUCUGAAAAAAAGAAAGAAAUUUCGCACAAGGUAUUAUGGAAAGACAGUAAAUUUAUGAAAAGAAUUCAGUUAAAUGUAGAAUAACAUCCAAUAAUGUUACAUGGUAUGCGAGUGGUGUGAAAAAACCCAUAAAGCAAUAUUUUCUUUUCAAGUCGACCAUUAAACCGACACUUGUAAAUUCAGAUUCAUUUUGUACAUUUUUGUUGUUUGGAUGAAAUAUAUGAUAUUGUUUUAUGUAAUAUGCAGUUGGCAUCAUUACCACGAUAAACUAAAACAAAAUGUA